CAUUUGACCCUCCCAAGGCCAUCCCCACAAAAAAAGACCCAUUUCUCUCCUCAAAACCAACAAAAACCACUUUUCGUUUUCGCUCUCAAUUCGAAUUUUCUUCCAUUUCUCUCUUCGUUUUCUAUUCUCAUUUGAAUCUGACUUUCGGAUAAUUGUGUUUCGUUGUGGUGUUGCGUUGAUUUUGCGACGAAAAACCCAGAGUGAAAAAUGGAUGCGGCCAUGGGAUUGAUGAGGAGAAUGCCUCCAAAGCACUCCGAAACUGCUCUUUCGGCUCUCCUUACUCUCUUACCCCACCAUUCUUCCGAUCUACUUUCCCAGGUUGACCAGCCUCUUCAGUUCUCAAGUUUUCUGAAGGAGAAAUCACAACAUCUACAGGUUCUAUGUGAUGUGGACAAUGGGAAGGAAUUCAUUUUGUGUGAAUACAACAGAGAUGCAGAUUCAUAUAGAUCACCGUGGUCAAACAAAUACCAUCCACCAUUGGAAGAUGGAGCUAUGCCAUCCACAGAAUUGAGGAAACUUGAGAUUGAAGCAAAUGAAGUAUUCACAAUCUAUCGUGACCAGUAUUAUGAAGGUGGCAUUUCAUCUGUGUAUAUGUGGGAAGAUGACGAGGAAAGUUUUGUCGGCUGUUUUUUGAUAAAGAAAGAUGGCUCAAAGACUGGUCAUGGUCGAAGGGGAUUUCUACAGGAGGGAGCAUGGGAUGCCAUUCAUGUUAUUGAGGUGAGGCUAGAAGAUGAAGGUACAGCCAGCUAUUGUCUAACAAGUACAGUCAUGCUGUCCUUGACAACAGAUAACAAUGCAGCAGGGACUUUCAGUUUGUCCGGUUCAAUUAGAAGACAGAUGAAGAUGAAGCUCUCAGUUGCAGAAGGCCAUCUUUGUAACAUGGGUCGAAUGAUCGAAGAAAUGGAAAGUAAGCUGAGGAAUUCACUCGAUCAGGUCUAUUUUGGGAAAACAAAAGAGAUGGUUUGCACCUUGCGGCCACCCUCAGAAGUGGUGCAUAUGAAAUUACCCGACAAAUGACCACUCUGCUUAUACAGAGCUAAAUUGGCACAGCGGAUCGAUAGUUGUAAGUCAUUUUUCUACUUCUGUAACUGUGUGAUUUGUGAUUGUCUUUUCCAAUCUCUAUUUAUGUUGAAAGAAGAAAAAGCUGUUUAGUGAGUGUAUUGAUUUUAGGGCUUCACGGUUUAGUAGUUUGUCAUGUUGCAAAUGUGAGUUGGAUUUCUGAAUUGAAAAUUGCAUUUGAUUCUUCUAUGUUUUCCUUGGUUGCCUUCAAGUACAACAAACUGAAUGGUAAAAUUAUUUUGCAAAAUUGUUUUACA